UGCUUGUAUUUGGCGCGUUUCCUGUUCCUGCGGUGCCAAUUCUUCCCAUUGCAAGAUGCCCAAGCGCUCCUACCCGUUUGACGGGGUCUGCCCGCUGCAGCUCAAGACGCAUGUAGGCCAGAAGGAGCUGUCCCAGGGCGUGCUGGGGGAACAGUACAAGCGGGAGAUCUUCGAGAGGACUAAGAAGCUGCUGUUCAGUGGUGCCAAAGCCGUCAUGGGAAGCCUUGGCAAUCAAAGCGAGAAGGAACGAGAAGACGGUGCUGCGCAUGAACUGCUAACAGGACAGACUAUUAUUGGGCAAGAUGGAAAACUGCACAGAAGUGCCCAAAAACCACUAACUGUUGGUGCCGCCAAAGCAUGCGCGUUCUGCGUGCGAUCUGUUGGUGAGAAGGAAGCGUGCUCACAAUGCGAACGGUCCGUUUGCAAGAGUUGCAGCACUUCUUGCAGUUGCUGUGCUGCAGUCAUGUGCUCCUUCUGUACAGUGCUGAUUGAUGGUGACCCCACGGAACAGGUUUUCUGCUCUGCCUGUUCUGUGUUUGAAGUGUAAAUAACUGUAAUAAAGCAUGUUAAAAAUGUACUUUUAUAUUCUAAUCCCAGAUGUAAUGUUUAUAUUUGUAUGACUUUUUUAUAUGUAAUAAAUGAAAUAAAAUUCUAAACUUUAAA